UGUGUAGUCUAAAGUUCAUCAUUUCAAACUCACCCAGAACUCGGAACUAAGUAAGCCAUUUGCACAAUUUGGAUGUCGUCUGCUGAGAAGCCAGGCGCAGACGACCCUUGGAGCUGAAGCUGGAGCAGUCGCUCUGCAAGCAGUUGGAAGUUGGCAGCACAAAAACGAGCACGAAUAAAAUUAUUUGUGGAAGAAGGCAAUAGUAAUUUCAUUUCAAAGGUGGAACAAGAUGAUAAUCCAGGACAAAGUGGCGCUUGUUACUGGUGGGGCACAGGGAAUAGGACGAGCUAUAUGUGAGGCACUGCUGAAAAAGGGAGCUAAGGUAGUUAUUGCCGAUAUCAAUGCAACACAAGGAAAGUUGACGGCAGCAGAACUGGCAGAGCAGUAUGCAGGGAAAGUGAUCUUUACGGAGUGUGACGUCACAAAAGACAAGAGCGUUGAACGAGCAAUUAAAACAGUGAAGGAAGUCUAUGGAACACCCGAUAUCAUAGGUAACAACGCAGGGAUCUUAGAUGAAAGCAUCCCACAGAAAACCAUUGAAGUGAACUUGAUAGGUGUCUUUCGCUUGGCCUCGGCAGCCAUGGACUGUAUGAGAGCAGAUAAUGGUGGCAGCGGUGGGAUCAUCGUUAACACUGCGUCCAUUGCUGGUCUUCUUCAUUUCCCUAGUUUUCCUGCAUACUGUGCAUCAAAACACGGUGUUGUUGGAUUUACAAGAUCUUGUGCUGCAAGCCCUGAUAUGGAAGUGCACAAAGUACGGAUGAACUGUCUGUGUCCGUGUUUGGUUGACACUGAUAUUGUCAAAUGUUGGACCGAGGACGGAGUGAAACAAGGGAAAAUAUUGUCCCUCAAACCUCUUCAGGAUUACGGGAUGCAAGAGAAACUUAAACCAGCGGAAGUGGCUGCUGCGUUCAUAGACUUGGUUGAAGAUGACAACAAGAACGGCGUGGCUCUUAUUGUGCCUAAUGACGGGCCGCCGAAGUGCGCCGAGUUCCCAGCAUACCUGUGAACUGGAGCAAAAUCCGGAAGCACCACCGGAAGCACCACCGGAAGGACAACAGCCCUUUGCCAAUUAUCGCCAGUUAUUACAUGAUAUUAGCUUACAAGUGUCGCCACUGCUCUAUUGUAGAGGGUAAAAAACUGAUGUUUUGUUUGGCUUAUUUGAUAUGCCCUAUCAAAUAUAAUCUAGUAAGAGACGCUAGCAAAGUAACGGACUCAGAGUGUUGCUCUACAUUGAAGUAUCUGGUAUUUGCUUAAACGGAGUUUUUUUAAAGUACGUAGUGACUCUAUAGAUCAGAUGCAGCUGCAUUAAAUAUUCAUUUUGACCUUGUUAUAUCUAUUUCAUACAUGAUAUGUAAUAGAAUUGUAUGUAUAAAUACAUAUUUUUCUUAUAAAAUGCAUGCAGUUAAUUAAUGAAAAUUAGCAAAGUAAGUGAGUGUCUAGACGUUGGCAGAUUGCCACGAUGGAGCCCAUUAUUGUUAGAUGUGUGAGAUAACGACUAUCAACAAUAAAAUA